CAUUUGCAUGGCACUCAGCAACUUCAUUUAAAUACAAAAACCUUUGCUAGGCACAAGGGGAGGAGGGUGAUAGGGGAACACGGACACACAGCAUUUUUGACCAAUUUUGGCAGUGCUCGACUCUGACAAAAACCUCUUGCCGAAAGCCCUCAAUCUCCAUACGCACUGCAGAACAAGGUGUCAAUAGCUGCCGAAAAUCCCAUUUUUCGUCCUGUGAUGUAUUCAUCUUCUCUUUCUUGCUUUUAUCAGAGGAAGAAUCAGCUAAAGGAAGCUUAUAGCAACAACUUGUGGGAUGGAGCCAGAAAAACACUGGCUACCCUGUGGGAUGGACAUGGAGCUAUAUGGCAUGGUUAUGAGAUCCAUGGAAUGGAGAAGAUUCCCAACAGAGGACCAGCUCUAAUAGUGUACUAUCAUGGAGCCAUACCUAUAGAUUACUAUUACUUCCUGGCCCAUGUCAUCAUUCAGAAAGGACGUACCUGCCAUUCUGUAGCUGACCACUUCCUCUUCAAGAUUCCUGGUUUCAAGUUGCUAUUAGAGGUCUUCUCAGUGAUCCACGGUCCUCAGGAAGAGUGUGUCCGGGCUCUGAGGAAUGGCCACUUGCUUGGUAUUUCUCCAGGAGGAGUGCGGGAGGCAAUGUUUAGUGAUGAGACCUACCGUCUUUUUUGGGGAAAACGCAAAGGCUUUGCACAAGUUGCAAUUGACUGUCAAGUGCCAAUAAUUCCAAUGUUUACUCAGAAUCUACGAGAGGGUUUCAGAUCUCUUGGGACACUAAGAUUAUUUCGGUGGCUGUAUGAAAGAUUUCGUCUUCCUGUUGCUCCAAUUUAUGGGGGAUUUCCUGUGAAAUUUCGGACCUUCCUUGGUGAUCCUAUUCCAUAUGACCCAAACAUCAAUGCUGCUGAGCUAGCAGAAAGAGUUCAGCAGGCGGUCCAGUCUUUGAUAGACAAACACCAGCAGAUCCCUGGGAGCAUCUUGAGAGCCUUGUUAGAGAGAUUCUACACAAAACACAAAGAUUUCCAACAUCAGAAUUAAAAAUGAUUUAUGAUCCGAUUUGGAUGUAAGAAGAUGAACUUUAUUGUCCCAGAGGAAAUUUGUCUUGGGUACAGACUUUGACUGCUGCGUAAUCCAAAACAAUGCCCAUCCCAUUACAUUCACACAUCAUACCUGUAAGAUUGAAGCAUAACAUUCUAACUUAGAAAUGACUGGUUGCAUUCUGCAUGUACACUGUCCUAUUGGCUGUUUGUAUUAUGUCACUUGGUGAUUUCCUCGAAUAAUAUGUCUCUCAAUAAUAUGUUGUAAAAAGUAAAAUAAAUUUUAUCAAUAUUAAAUGUGGUAAAACUUAAAGAAUAUGGGAAGUAUUUUUAUGAAUUGUACAUGCAUAUGUGCAAAAUGUCAUUGUACAUAAUGAGUGGGUGUUUUUUUUGUUUUUUGUUUUUUCAUUUUAUAUCCAAAAAUUGUGAGAAGUGUGGGGUUUAUGUUACUGUACUUCCAAUUACAGUAAGAUAAUUUUCCGUACGAAUGACCUCUAUGCAUCAUGAGCAAUUGUACCUGG